AUGUAAUAAAAGAGGUAUGAUUCUGUACGUAAGAAUAAAUUGUAAGUACAUUAAUCAUAACCACUUCAGCUGUAGUACUCUUCAUAGCCUAAACAAACACCUAACAAAUUUCAAAUUGCUAAGAUUGGGAAAGAUGUUGCACCUACAAUCAUCCCUGCAUUGAUCGAUAUGAUCAAUUAAGAAACUGAUGUGUAUUAUUUAUUCGACUCAUUUCACUCUAUUCUGAAUUCAGUGAAAUAAGCCGAAGAGGAUACUAAUAUUACUUAAAAGAACAAGCAGCAUACACUAGAUUGGUGGAAAGUUACUGGAUCUAGUUAAAGUUGGACAGGGGUACGAAAUAUUCAACCACUUUCAGAAUCUCAUAUGAAGCAAUCAUCACGUUUUCUUGAUAGUUAUAAUAGCAGAGGGUCUGCUAUUAUUGAAAAUCUUAAACGUUAAAUAGGAGAGUUGACAGAAGAACAAAAGUUUAAGCAAAACUCUCGGACAAUUGGCUAAGUUUCGAUUAAACUAUUUGAUGAAUAAGAACUCUAUGUUGAAAUGUCAAAAUAAGGGAGAACUUUGAUUACUCUAUAUCAAGUGUAAAAUAAGUUUCAUAAAUGUCAUAUGGGUUUUUGCAUAUAUAGUGUUUUUGGAGAUUUGCAAGAAAAAGAGAGCAUAAUUAAUAAAAUGUAUGUGGCCAAGUGGCAUAGAAAAAAUGGCAACUUUUUGAAUCUUGUCACAGAAUUUAUUUAAUAUAUCAUCAAAAACGAGGCUGUAAAUAAAAUAAAAAUAAAAAUAAACUCAACAUAAGGGCAGCUAAUUAGGCACCUUUAAUAAUUAAGCUUUAAAUUAGCUUCUACUGUACCAUUAAUUAAUCAAAUAAAAGUACUUACAUUUGUUCUAAUCUCAAAGGAAUUUAAAAUUUGA